AUGACCAACCAGAAUCCCGCUGAAACACUGGAACAGCUCCGACAAUUGGAGCAAGAGAAUGGCGACCUGAAGACUUGUCUCGCAAUCAUACGCAUAAGCGAACCUAUCUCUUCUUCAGAUGCCAAAAAAUUCAAUUCAUCGCUGUCAAAGCGUACCUCUGAUGUUUCGGCCAUUGAUAACCCCACUCCUGCUUCCCUGGAAGCAGAUUUGACGCACUACAAGGAACUCUUCGCGAAAUUGCGCUUUUCCUAUGUCGAGCAGGUAACAAAAGAAAAAUUCCUGCGAGCAAUCGUGGGCGAUCCUCCCCUGGUCGUCGGACAUAAUGAAAACGUAGAGUUGGAAGGGCAGUUAGCAGAGGUGAAAGCCGAGCUUAAGUCGCGCAAGGAAGAAGUUAGGAUCAUGAUUGAAGAUAUGGAGAAGAUGGGUCGGGAUCUGGCGAGUCGUGAGUGCCUUUGCCCAUUAUGGCACGAAGAGGCGCUAAGUAUUGCCACAGGGUACAAAAAAGUGCAAUUACAGAUGACACAGCUUUCAACACUCCCAGAAUCGAUAGAGAACCUUGAAUCCACGAUUGCCGGACUGCGUGCGAAACAGGUCGCCACGAUGGGCACGACAUCUUCGCAGAGCCUUCCACUGCCAGUGACACUGUCUCUCUUGGCCGAGCGCGAGGCGGAACUGGCAGCAUUAAACCGGCAACUCGCGGCAGUACAGAAUGUUCUACCACGCAAGACAAGAGAGGCCGAAGCAAUGGAAAGAGAAUUGAGUGUACUAGAAAGACGCAGGAGCGAAGCAACCGCACAAGCACGGGAAGCACAGAGAAUGAAACAGGAAGGCAAGAGCGACGGCCUCGAAGAGUUGGGCAGGUGGUACAAGAGCGCAGAGGAAACACUGAAAAGUUUGGUGGGUGUCGAGGGAUAA